AUGAAGUUCUCCUCUGUCAUCCUCGCACUCGCUCUCACCACUACCGUCAUCUGCACUCCCCUCCGCUACACCCCAUCCUCAUCCUCGUCAGACACCCGUGACGCCAGAGCCAUCGUCCGCUCCCUCCUCCGAGAAUACGAAGACUCCCUGGAAGCACGCGCAGGCUGCACAGCCAAGUCCCUCCCCAAGCGCAAAUGCGAUGUUAGAAUCUGCAGUGGCUCAUGCGUCCUUCUGCCAUCCGGCAAGGCGUGCAAGUGGAGGACUAAUAAAGCUGGCCUGAUUGAGGGCGUGCCGCAGAUGUGCAUUAAUGAGUGUGGGUGUGUUGUUUCGUAG